CAGGCUUGUGGCAGCUGGCUGCUCUACCACACUCCCAUCAUCCAUCAUAUGGGCUCCGAUGGAUCGGAAUGAUCGGAAUGACCAAAUUGAUCAUGCUCUCUUUGAAUCUUUUGGUCCCUCCCUUCUCGCCAGCGCCGCUUAAUAACCUCCGAUAAGAUAACUCUCUCACAAGGCUGGGAAAUCUGCUAAACCACACAGUCCUGCUUCCCUUCUGCCCAGCAAACCCCUAAUCAGAAGCCUACUAUUGCCUCUCUAUAUCCUGUAACUUAUCUCAGUUUCUUUGUAGCUAAGACGUCUCACAUCUCCCUCUUUUCUCCCCAUAUAUCUACUACACUAGUCCUCUUGGGUAUACACGGCAUCAUGAGGCUCAUCAUCCGUGAGAAGCCUGAUGAGGCGUCAAGCUAUGUGGCUGAUUACAUCGCCCACCGGAUCAAGGAGUUCAAGCCCACCCGGGAGCGGCCGUUUGUCCUUGGACUACCAACAGGAGGCAGUCCCAUCAGCGUAUAUCAGCUUCUCGUCGAGAAAUAUAAGGCUGGCGAAAUAUCCUUCGAAAAUGUCGUCACCUUCAACAUGGACGAAUACGUGGGCAUUCCCCGCGACCACCCGCAGAGCUACCACACCUUCAUGUGGCGCCACUUCUUCUCCCACGUCAACAUCCCCCCGACCAACGUCCACAUCCUCAACGGCAACGCCCCGGACCUCGCCGCCGAGUGCGACGCCUACGAGGCCGCCAUCGUCGCCGCGGGCGGCAUCGACCUGUUCCUCGCCGGCAUCGGCAGCGACGGCCACAUCGCCUUCAACGAGCCCGGCUCCUCGCUCGCCUCGCGCACCCGCGUCAAGACCCUCGCCUACGACACCGUCCUCGACAACGCCCGCUUCUUCGACGACGACAUCGCCCAGGUGCCCCGCCUCGCCCUCACCGUCGGCGUCCAGACCAUCCUCGACGCCCGCGAGGUCGUCGCCAUCGUCGUCGGCGCCCGCAAGGCCGUCGCCCUCCGCGAGUGUCUCGAGUCCAGCGUCAACCACAUGUGGACUCUGUCCGCCCUGCAGCUGCACCGGCACGCCACGAUCGUGGCGGACGAGGACGCUACGCUUGAGCUGCGGGUCAGGACCGUCAAGUACUUCAGGGACAUUGAAAAGGUAGCUCGGGCGCAAGGCUUCGAGCAGCUCCUGUCCACACGGCUCCGCACGGUCUCCGAUGUCACCCGUAACCCGGCCAGAACAUAUCCCCAGCCAGCAGCAGCCGUUGUGGUGGACGAGGUCCAGUCUCCAGCUACCUCCCCGACCCUCGUCCACCCGCAGCCCGUCAACGCGUCUCUCUUGCGCGCCGCGAGCCCAGCUGCUGAUGACCAGUCCGCGCGCUCUGUAUCCCCCGACUUUGUCCCCGACAGAAUGGCCUCCCGUAUUCCGGAGCCCGAACUGGCACGCCGGUUGACCCCUAAUCCAGAACAGCAGCUGUUCAUCAGAACGAAUGCCGUGGGCGCUUGAAGGGGCAAAUAACGAUUUUUUGCAUUGGACCGAGAGGGCAGGGCAUGGUCAGUUUGGGGACGUCUCUUGACGAUCGGAAAGGCGGUGGAUUGAAUGAGAAAUGAUGCGUAUUAUUUCCUUUCUUUUUUGAUACCUGGGUAAAUGGCCCCUGUUUCAUUCGUUUAGCAAGUAUCAUUACAGGCAUCAUUUACCACCAGUUGGAAGGGACACUGGAAAUCCCUAGGACCGAGUGGCAUUUUAGAAAGAACAAUAAAGGUAGAGUUCAAGCAUCACUAGGC